AUGCUCUCCAAGGCGCUUCAGAAGGCGAACACGGCUGUGCUGCUUGACAAUGCGCAGAAUUUCGAGGGCGCCAUGCAGGCGUACUCGGAGGCAUGUGGACUUUUACAGCAGGUAAUGUUGAGAAGCUCUGGAGAUGACGAUAGGCGCAAGUUAGAGGCUAUUCGCAAUACCUAUACAAGUAGGAUAAGCGAAUUGAAGAAGAUUGCGCCACAUCUCGACGAUUCAAGGAAGGCCGGCAAGGCUUUACCCGCACGACCAGAGAGCAACGAUUAUAAGACGGAUGACCUGUCGUCACCAAUAGAUGAGGAAGAAGAGGCUGCUGUCAUCGAAACAGCUACUGUCACGAGGAUUGUCAACGAUCCGUCUUAUCUUUCCGACCAACAAACUCGAUCAAUACCGACGUCUCAAUUACCACUAAGAAGAGAAUCGCUGUUACCGUCAGGUUCAGAAUCGCUGCAAUAUCGAUCCAAGAACAUAGGGGACCAAUAUGCUGGGCGAGCAUAUUCAAGGUCACCUAUGCGAGAGCGCAUGCAAGAAUCAAACCUCAACCUCGCACCACCUAUGGAGAGCAUGUACAUGCCACCGCCACUUUCUCCACGACGACCCUCUUCACCCAUGACACAUGGACCUCAAAAUACUAACCAUGAGAGACAACAGUCCUCAGAUCUAUCUACCUCAAACUUGUCGGGUAUAGCGGUAACGAGGGGCCACAACCGCGCACCUAGUAACGAAUCUAUGUCUUGGCUGGACACUAUUGACGAGUCUGGAGAUUCGGCUGUCUCAUCUGUUCAUUCGCGGUCGUCGUCAAUGGGCGUCAGACGGAAGCAUAUUCGUGCUCCUAGUGGUGCAACGGAAACCGAGUUUGAUACAGCAUUAGAUGCCGCCAUCGAGGCUGCUUACGAUGAAGGCUUUGAGCCAAUGGAUCCGUCCGAACCCUCUCGUUGUGAUUACGAAAAUGAUGACGAGAUUGUCGCUAAUGUCAGACGCAAGGUAGAAUUAGCGAAAGAGAGAGUACGGGAGACGGAACGUGAAAUGGAACGGGAGGCUGCAAUUCAAGAAGCCCGAGAGCGGGAAAGGAAACGACUGCUUCGACAAAAGGUGGAAAGGCAGAACAGUACAGAAGCUGAUUAUGACGGCAAUGAAUCGGAAGAAGAGGAACGUAUGUUGGAAGAGAUGACCAGGGGUUAUGUUCUUGAUGACUUCGAAUUUGGACUACAGUCAAAGUCUGCUCUGCCUAGAGAAUCAGACUCUAGCGGGUUUUCAGGGAGGACAUGGCAUAGCUCAACUGGAUCCAAUCCGACUACGGCUGGUACAACACUGUCGACCGUUGCCGAGACUUUUACAAUACCCGAUAUACCUUCAAAGUUGUCAAAGACAGCACCACCAUUACAUCCUCCUCCGGCUCAAGCACUUCCACCUCCGCCGCCAUUAACUCAACCUCCUUUAGCUUUCUCCAAUUCUCAGAGUGUACGCAGUCGACGACUGUCUGGUCAGAAUGCCAAACAGCUCAAGAUCGAAACAACAGUCAAAGCGCCUAUGGGACAAUCUGGACCCUUGACGCAACCUCCAUUGAUGCCACCGCCUCGGCUUCCAGAUGGUACCGAUGCUACUCAACCGAAAAGUGCUGGACUCCUACAGCGUCAACCCUUACCUCCGCCCAUGGGACGCCCACCUAUACCGCAGACAGCUCGGCAAGCUUCUUCGCCAUAUCCAGCUCCCAGUCCUUCAGAAAUCAUCUCUCCUCCAACGCCUACUCUCACUCAGACAUAUACUAAUGAUAGUGACCUGAAUGGACAACUACCUCGAUCCGGAUCUCCAGGCAGAACUCAAUCGAGGUCUGGCCUGCGGAAAAACUUUUCGUCAUCUAGUCUGAAGAACAUGAAAAGUCGAAACCUCUCUGUGUCUAACAUUGACCAUGAUUCCGACAUAUCUCCAAAUACGCCUUUGAGCUCACAAUUCAACCCAAGAGAUCCAGGCGGAAGGAUACCCACAAUGCCAACUCUACCGACACCAAUUGCAAUGGCUUUCAGAGAAAAGAUGAACGGUAUGCCAGCUGGUGGAAUGCACCUCUUUGAUAGCGACAUCCAUUCUCCUGAAAGUCCAGGCUCGCCAAAUCCAUUGAGCUCUGGUGCACCAAUCCCACUCGAACCUUGUCCCACUGAAUAUCUGCUUCGGCCAUUCUGGCUAAUGCGAGCUCUAUACCAGACCAUUGCACAUCCUCGUGGCGGAUACUUAUCAACUAAACUCUUCGUCCCAAGGGAUGUGUGGCGAGUAAAAGGUGUGAAAAUCAAGGGCCUGGAGGAUAAGAUUGCCAAUCUUGACUUCUUGACAGCGGCACUGUUGAAGCUGGCUCAGGUGGACACCUACGAUGCCGAUGCCGUCUUGGAAGAGAUGCAGGCUCUGGAAGGCGUUCUCGAGCAAGUUCAAGCCACCCUCUCCAAGAAACUGGGUAAUGAGGUCGGAGUUCAGGGCUCUGGAGGCAUGUUCAAGGAUGCUCAUCUUGGUGGAGAUGGAGAAACAGCCACUCUCAAUUCGAAGUCAGGAAGCAUGUCCAGCAAGUCUUCUACAUUCUCGUGGCGAAGAUUAAGGUCGAAGAACUCUGGUGUCAACUUGUCAAGUGCAUACACAAACAAGACACCCACAGAAGGUCCUAAGGAAGGUCUUACGAUGCCGACUCUACCCAUGACAGCAACCUCGGUUGCAAAGGUACGAUUUGCCAAGAGAGAUGUCAAUCAGAUACAGUUCACGGGUCCAAAUGCGAACUACAUGAGUGCGCUGGCGAGGCUCUUCGACGCCGCGCAGACCAUUGAUCAAAUCGCACGUCAAGUAGAGGACCCUGGACUUCGACACGCUGAUAAGACACAAGUCGGUCUAGAACUCUGUACUCGCCACGCAGCAGAGUUCUUCGGCUUCUACAUCUGCCGCUUCGUCCUGACAGAUGUAGGCAUGCUCCUAGAUAAAUUCAUCAAGAGAGGGAGCGAGUGGGUUCUCAUCUGA